AUGUUCAUGGCAUGGCAAUUGCAGGUCCACGGUAUCGGCAUCGGCCACUCGAUCGGUUUCCUUCGCUUUGACCAGAGUCCGGAGGAGUUGUACCCUUGGGCCGACGGUUUAUUCUGGUACAGCGACAUCUUCUUCGCUGCGGUGUUCUCGCUGGAGAUUCUCAUUCGCUUGGUGGUGAUUGGCAGAGCCUUCUGGUGCCACAUCCUCAACUGGAUCGAUUUCCUCGUGGUCUCUGCCAGCUGGAUCGAAUUCUUCGCCGAAGCUUUGCCGUUCUCCCCGACCUUAUUCCUACGGAUGGUGCGCCUGGGGAAGCUCCUGCGAGCCCUACGAGUCAUACGGCUCUCGCGAGUCUUGGAGUCGCUGCAUUUGCUCUUGAAGUGUAUUGUGGCAAGCCUGCAGAUCUUUUUCUGGUCAGUGGUGUUGCUGAUCAUCAUUCAAUACUGUGCCGGAAUGACCAUCUCCUACAUGAGGUCUUUCGCUACUAUGGCACCUUCUCGAAGAGCCUUCGGCAUGAUGCUGACUUGCCAGGUGUUAUUUGCCAACUGGGCCCCGGCAUGUCGCGUGCUCGUUGACAACGUCAGCGAGUGGUAUUCCAUCGCUUUCAUCCUCUACCGAUGUUGUGUGGGCUUCGCGGUGCUUAAUGUGGUCAACGCCGUCUUCGUGCAGAGCACCAUGAGGGUGGCUUCGGUAGACGAGGAGCUCGUGGCCGCUGAGAAGGCAAAGGCUCAGGCAGCUUACACACGCAGAGUGAACGCUCUUUUCAGCGAAGCUGACACUUCAGGCAAUGGGGCGCUGGACUUGGAAGAAUGCCGGCGGCUGCUGGACCAUCCACAGCUCCAGUUGUGGCUCCACAUGCUUGAGUUGGACACUCCAGACUUGGUGGGUCUCUUUCACAUGCUUGAUGAUGGCAAGGGAGAAAUCUCCUUGGAUGACUUGCAAGAAGGAUUGAAGCGGAUGAAGGGCGUCGCCAAGAGUUUGGAUUUGAACAAGUUACAACACGAGGUGGCCAAGUUGCACGCCAAGGUGGAUGGCCUUGGCAUUCAGCGUGCUACGCAACUUUGCUUGUGA